AUGUUACAAUCCCCGUCAUCUUCCGCCCCAGCUACAGUAGCUGUAGUCGAGGGGGUCGACAAGACAAGAAGAUUGCGCCGAAAGAGAAAGGCAGAGACACAAGACAAUGAGCGUCUUUCUAAACGCUUGAGUCUCCUUAAUCUAGAACGGAGCGGGAACAAGUUAUACGUCCCUGUCGAACAGCCAACAACAACUUCAAUUUCUUCUGCUGCUCCAGUUCCUACCCCUUCCAAUGUUGUUUCCAAUCCAGUUCCCGAUGAGGCCAUGCAAUUAGACGAUUCCAAACAUAAAGUAUACAUCUACAACAUGGAUGAUGAGCUCUCCUCCGAUAGCGAAAGCGAUGACCAGGGCAAGCUUGUCUUCUUACCAGAUAUCGAAAAGCAUCUGCGCGCGAAUCGCAUCCCCCCAUCGGUAUUAGCCAACAGCGAGGGAGAACUAGCCGGCAUGCAGGUAGUGCUGUAUAGUGACCCCAAGUCAUUGACGGUGCCAGAGGACAAAGAUAGUGUGCGCAAGGCCAUCAUUGAGUCGAGGAAUCGCACAAGAGAGCUACAGCGGCUAGAAAGGGAGGGUAAAACGGAGGCCCCAACGAUACAAGACGCCACGUUGAAUACUGGGAUUGCCACGAGUACAGAUGAUGACCCGGACGCGAUGGAAUUGGACUAG